GCCAGUAGACAGCGGACUAGCAGUGUGCACACACCUCCAGUUCUACUCAGCCGUACGUCCAUGCUGACGAGCGUAGCGGAUAACAUCUUACAUCAGUGCUAACCUUUUGUAAAUAGUUAAAAUGUUAAAACUUAAAGGAAAACUUGUUUUUACUGUGGUGUUACUGUGGGGUUUGGUGUGUGGAGUAUUCGCCUACCCAGACGGUGCACCAGAGAGAGCCUGUUACAGAAUGAUACCGAGACAUACCCAUCCGUUCUCAGGACGAGCCAUUAGGGCCCAGCCCGCUAACAUUAAGCCUCCAUAUAAUAUUACUCUAAGUCGGAACAUGUGGAAUCCAGAUGUUCCCAUAACUGUAACAAUUCAUGGCGGCGCUCCUUUUAAGGGAUUUAUGUUAAUGGCUGCCGAGGAUUCACUUAUGGAUAUGCCGACGGGGAAAUUUUUCGCUAACGGAGCAACUGAUGUAAAGACAAUGUUUUGUUCAUUCCCUGGUGACGGCGCUACACACACGGACAGUAAAUGGAAGGCACAAAUAUCAGUCGACUGGUACGCCCCCGCCAUCACGUCAGCAGAUCACAUGCAGUUCAUAGCCACCAUUGUAACCAACAGAAGUACAGUUUGGACAAACAUUAAAUCAGCGUUCCUCCAGGCUGACCCUGCAGUCAGUGAGGGUCCAGAAUAUGGAGAAGCGGCCGAAGGUGGUAUGAUGCCGGGCGGGCUUGGUGGAGCUGGUGGCGGGCUAGACCAAUGGGGCUACCCGAUCUCUACAACCCCGGGGUACGGAGGCUGGGGUGGAGGAGCGGGAGUGUUUGGUGGAGGAUUUGGUAGGGGAGUAACACAGGGAUACACGACCGUGUCACCUGAUAUUCCGGUUAGGUCGGAGGCAGGUUCCUCUCGGAGUAGAGCAGGAAGGCGGCAGAACGGGCGAAGCAGAUUGAGUACCGCUGAAACCACUACACAGACGCCUAGUCAAGGCGAACGAUGGGGAGAGGGUAGAAGUAGAAAUAGCGGCUGGGGAGAAAGGGCAGGAGGUAGAGGUAGAGAAGGGGGUAGUCGUGCAGGUGGUCGAGCAGGAUCAGGAGGCGCUGGUAGGGCGGGAACAGGCGGCGAUGCUAGAGGGGGAACAGGCGGCGUUACUAGAGGGGGGACAAGAGGCGGUGCUAGAGGGGGGACAGAAGGCGGAUGGGGGGAGGGAAGAAGGGGUGGGGCUGGAAGAGCCGGUGGAAGAAGAGGAGGCAGGGGAGGUGGUGAGGCUAGGGGAGGAAGAGAGAAUGGAGGAGGUGGGGAAUGGGGAACAGGAGGAGGAUGGGGCGCGGAUGCAGGAAAUGGAGGUGGCGCUGGAGGAUUUGAAGGAGGAUUAGGGGGAGGAGAAGGAGCAACGCAAAGACGAUUUCAACAGAUGUUUAUGCAAUGGUUGAUGGGCGGAGGAGAAAAUGGCGGUGGUACUGGCGGCGGCGGUGGCGGUGGCGGUGGCGGCGCUGGAAACACGAGGGGUAUGAACGGAUUCAGCAAUAUGUUCUGGAGAAAAUAA